CCCACCCCAAAUUUUACCCCCAGGUCCAGGGCCAGGUUCUGGAGAUUGUGAGCCUUCUGCAGGUGUUGAUCAAUUACUUAACAAUUUACGAAAGUUCAACGCCCCCACAUCAUUCCACAACCAGGCAAGUCCAUUGAAGGACCACUCCAAAUCAUCACAGCAACAACAGCAGUACAUUAAUGCCAACAUUGGCCAGCAGAAGAGUUAUGCCACAGAACAGAAUAUACGCGAAAGUGUCCCUGAAAGCCAGGCUUCGAUAAACACUUCAAACCCAAACGUAUCACCUCAAUUUCCCACCCACCAACCUGCACCCAGCAACACCCCACAACGCCCAGGUCAAACAGAGCAACCAAGAAUGUAUCAACCCAAUAUUGCGCAAUAUCCCGACCANCCCCAAUACAGAGAACCUCAGACCCAUCUGCUAGACUUCUCCCUUAUGACCAGCAAAACAGAGGUUACGGAAUGAGCAACCAAAUGUACCAACCAGGAACAAGCCCAAACCCUUCCUACAGCGGCCAAAUGUAUUGUAGCACCAACCCAAGUAUUACACCUAAUGGUAACAGUAGAUUUCCAUACCAGCAAUCCAAUGUUCAAAGACCUGAUUACCCCAACAAACCAGGAAUGGGGCAACCUGGGUCACAGCGAUACCCAUCCUACCCCAACCAGCCCCACCAAUCUCACCCUGUUUACCCGAAUGCGCAACUAAACUCCCGGCACCCAGGUUUGCAACCCCAAGCCCCAUAUCCAGGCGGGCACCAACAGUACAACCAAUAUGAACACAUGUCCUCAUUCAAUGGACCUAACCAACCACAUAUAAAUCAACCGGAUAAAAUAUCACCUCGUGUUCCACAAUCAAGAGGACACUCUAGCGACAAACAGUGGAAUUUUCAAGCCCCACCCCUAAUAGCAACGAACCAUUCAUCAGUUAGUAACCUUACGAGCCCGCACGAGUUACAGCAGCGGUCUGCAUACCCCCACCCUGGGCGAAGACCCAGUAAUACCCCAGGUGAAUGCUUUCCUGCUGUCCCACCACGUCACUUAUCAGGCCAGUCCAUUGGCAGUGGAAACAACAGAAGUCCAAUGAUGCAAAGUUCUCCUGCAGGAGUUGUGUCCCAUAGUCCUUUUGCUGGUUCAGCAGGCAGCAGUUUAAGGAGCCCUAUGUCGAACCUGAUGGGCAACUCACCUGCUAACAUGCCACAAGGACAGACCACAAGUCCUUCCCAAGUCAGCAUGCCUCACCUAGCGUCAUCUCCUAUCACUUCUAACGUGGCAGCUCCUCAGAUUCCGCACCCUAGCGGUUCAAACCCCAGCGGAGGCAGUUCUGACCCUGCGUUUCAGCGCAACAUGCAAACCUAUCGACCCUGGCAUGAACAACAAGACCCAAACGCGAGGACACUCGGUAGUAUAACCUACCAAGCGCACGUCACCCAGACACCUGCGCCUUCAGACGCGUACGUUCAAAAACUCGAUCCUAUGGGUCAGUCGUCAAUAUCCCCAGCAUCGAAUCAUUUUUUAGCCCCCCCUGGCAGCAGUCCUAGUCUCCCCGCCCACAAACACACGCCAAACACCCAAAACGGAAGUGUCUCGCACGGAAAUCAAAGAUUCCACGGAGACCUUGCGUUUGCUGCUGCCAGGUCACAAAGAAUGGUCGCUGAAGCCGACCAAGUGGGCCGAGCAGACGAGCGGGGGCGUUUUGACGCACAGAAGACUUUUUCCGAAACUAUGAACUCAGUACUGUACGGGCAGUCCGACCCGGCGAAACCAAACCCGCUGCUUGGCGAGAUAAAAACAGCAUCUUCGCCCACGGAUCCGCAGUCCACUAUUUCGCCUGGUGAAAGCGGCUACGAUUCUGCUGACCUCAUAUCCACGGUCGACAGCCAGCGAAAUAUGUAUGACGGAACAAUACAGCAGCGUCCGUCAGCCAACACUGACCUUCAGCAAGCAAAAAACUUGCAUGCGGCCUCGGCGGGAUUAACCCAUCAGCAGGGGUCCGAGUUUGAGCAACCUUCGUCAAGUGCUGCACCCACCAACGUGCAUUGUACGAAGACAGAAGGAUGUAAUACAAACUCCAACCUGUUGCCUGCCGAGGCCGCUGUGACGUCACGUUGCAGCACGUCCAGUAUAAUUUCCAAUGAAGCACGUUCGCAUAAUCUACCUCAACUACAAGCUACCACUUGCAACGGUGGCCCUAUUCACACCUCCCUACGACGUGCCUUCACCGCACCAAACUUUAGUUCAAGAAGAAGCCCAGUGUCCAGAAGCCAUUCGGCAGACUGUUGCACACCUGACAGCGACACAGGCUUGGACAGUACGCUUGAAACAACGAAAAAGAAAGUCCUGUUGCGUAGAUACAGCAGCCAGGGUAUAGGAGCCCUUGAAAACAUUGUGAGGGCCGUAACUCCUCAACCCUCUUCUACUAAUACACUCCCAACACAGAGAUUACCCCUACCACCCAACCAUAUAAGUAGAAUACUCCCCAACUUUAUCCCAGCUACAAAAUGCGAGCCUUUUCCUUUACCCACCCAGUUCCCAACCCCAUCAUACCCAACCCCUACCUUCAUGCCUUCAUUUGAGACACCACCACGAACCCCAUUAGGUUGCACGCCCCGUUCAACGAGUUAUGAAAGUACAAGCUCUACAAAGCAACCUACCUUUGCCCCAGAGCUCCUAGCUACACCAGGGAAAUUAUCGUCUGACGAAUUACGUGGUAGAGCCGUAACAUACAAGGGCACGAACGGAGUCGAGACCAAGAAGCAUAUAUUCCCUCGUUGUACGUGUAUACCUGGUUCAGAUGGUUUAGAGGAGCUACCACCAUACUACACACACAUAGGAGCUUCCCAUUCUAUACAAGGCAUUCGAAAACUCUUCGAAGAACGCUGUGGCUUUACGGGACGAGCCUUGAGAAUAGAAAAGGUUUGCUACACUGGUAAAGAGGGUAAGACUUCACGUGGAUGUCCUAUUGCAAAGUGGGUCCUCCGUCGUUCCAGCGAGCAGGAGAAGAUAAUGGUAGUGUGCAGGCAGCGACCUGGGCACCGGUGUAUAACUGCUGUUAUGGUGGUCGUUAUAAUGCUAUGGGAAGGCGUAUCUCGGCCUCUGGCGGAUUUCAGCUACAACAAAUGUACACAACUUAUUCCUACCAAUGGCACGGCAACUGAACGACGCUGUGGAACAAACGAAGAACGGACUUGUGCGUGCCAGGGCUUUGACCCAGAAAAAGGUGGCGCGUCUUACUCAUUCGGUUGUUCAUGGUCAAUGUACUACAAUGGCUGCAAGUUCGCUCGUUCUACAAAACCAAACAAGUUUAAAUUAAAUGGUACCAAAGAUAGCAAUGCGGAAAGCUGCGUGGCCGAUUUCUGCCAGCGGCUAGCGAGCGCAAUGAGUGUCUUGUAUAAAACGGCUGCACCUGACGCACAUAUGAAUCAGAUUGAGAGAGAAUGCGAGGGCCAAGAAUGCCGCCUUGGUUACAACCCACCAAAUGAAGGACGGCCGUUCAGUGGCGUCACUUGCUGUAUGGACUUCUGCGCACAUGCCCACAAGGAUCAACAUAACAUGGAGAAUGGGACAACUCUGGUUCUGACACUUACCAAACCUGAGCUUCGCGUCAUUGGGCAGAAACCACCAGACGAACAACUACAUGUUCUACCUUUGUAUAAACUCGAUCUUACGAACGAGGAAGGGACGUUUGAAGGGGUGGGGCAGAAAAUAAGAGAAGGUUCUAUUGAGAUACUGAACGGGUUUAGACGUCAAGUUCGUCUUCGUGACAAACCUGUAGGAACCUGCAAACAACGAAAGCAGAAGCGAACUAAAGAUGGUUUGGACGUAAGCCCAGUCAAGAAAAAAAGGGGACGAAAACCUAAACGAUCGCUGUCAAUGGAAAACUUAACAAGUUUGCCAGCUAUGGCAACAACGCAACAGUGGAACAACCAACAAUGGUCCAUCAGCCCUUCUGGUUUAAAAAUUCCUCCUUCGCCACAAAAAUUUGACCCCAGCACCUUCAAAGACCCCAUUCUCUCCCCACCGCCACGGUGGCCGUACCGUAGACACGUCACGCAAUCUGACGACAGUAACCUGCCGUCUAUAGGUAGUUUUUUCAGCCCAAAUGCUCACGGAGCAAAAACGCCCCAAAAUCAAUCGGUAUCCCCUGCUAUAUUUGGAACUCCGCCAGUCACACCUCAAGCCCCAAGCCCAGCGCCAUCGUUUCAAUUCGGUCGACGUCUUUCGUCCACUUCACCAAGCAUCGGGAACUUUCAGCUCAACUCGCCGCAAAACACAGCUCUAAACCCCGCGUUCCGUGCGCCUUCCCCGGCCACAUACACGGGCAAGAUGCCGCACGGUCACCCAACCCCGUUACCAUCAUUAGACACAGUAAUGCAUCAUCCUUUCCACCAAACAUUCGCUACAGUCAAAAGUGAACCAUCAACCGACCAAGUCGCUUACUACCCACAACAGGAAAACAAAAUCAACCUAAAAUCGUACGCUGCUGUUAAAACAGAAGCGGGUUCUGCUUUCCCCACCCAAUCGUACCCCCAACACCCCCAGCAGCCCCCUAACCUACAGUUCCAGCAACCCCAGCCCCCCUACCCCACCCCCCUACCACGUCGUGAUGUUUAUUCCGACUCAGAGGAAAGUUUCAUGGACCAGGACAUCGGUGGAGUGGCAAUUGCUCCCGGCCACGGCUCGGUUCUCAUUGAAUGCGCAAAACGUGAGUUACAUGCGACCACCUCGCUUUUGUAUCCAAACCGUUUCCAGCCUUCCCGAGUAUCCAUGGUGUUCUACCAGCAUAAGAGCAUGAACUGUAGGAACCACGGCGCUGCAGAGUACGGUUUGAAAGAAGCAAAGCGCAACCAAGUCAAGGCGGAAAAGGCGCAAAAAGAGAAAGAAGAGAGAGAAGAGAAAGAGCGAAGAGACGAGGAGGAGAAACAAAGAGUAAUCAACGAAGCAGAAAGCCUCAUUGCGCGUCUCAACCCCCAUUAUAAAGCACCGAACCCCCAGCCAUCCACUUUACCCCAACAUCACCCUUACCAAUACCCAGAUGGUUACCCCCAGAUGCCCCAAGUUAAACAACGAUGGCCCAAUCCCCCACCAGUAUCAAGAACUUUCCCCAUUGAAGGAGAAUUGCCACGUGUCAUGACGUCACCACGAAACAUGCCACGUCUGAUGACAUCACCAACAAACCAAGCCCCUCAUCCAACCGGGGGAAUCCCUACAAGUUCACCUUACCCCAUCCCUCAAUACUGUCACCCUACCCCGCAGCGAACGGUAGCAAAUUACCCCGAAUCGACCACACCUCAUUACACACCCUCUUAUCACCCUACGCAAUCACCCAGGACUCUCCCACCCUUUUACAACAACAACCCCCACCAGCCCCCUAACCCCCCUUCCUAUUCCCAAUCCACAUACACAACCCCACAUUUCAAACCCCCUUCCUACCCUACGUCACACCAGUACCCCCACACUCAAAAUCCAAACCCUACUUACAAAACAUACCCCCAACAGCCCCACCCCCAAGCCCCCUACCAAAUCCCAUCCCCUGGAGUUCCCCAAAGACCCCCACUAUAUUACCAGUACAACUACCCCGGCUAGCAGCCUCUUAUUUCAAUAAGGUGUGGUUCUAAAGGCAGAGAUCUUUUAUUUUUCUACCUUUCCAAAGUACACGUUGCUCACUUUUUGUACAUGCUUCAUCCGGUUCGUCCUACCACGCACCAUUUUAUAUACUCUGUAUAUUUAGUUGGUCAGAAGAAGCUUUUUUAUUUCGUUUUCGGCGUUGUACAACAGCGCCAGCACAUCCAGAAACCGUGCAAUACUAGUUCGUCAAUGACAAUAUAUCCAAGCAAAACGCAAACACAGACUAAAUAUACUGGUGCCAAGCGGUUUUCAUAGUUGCCAUUUUCAAUUCGCUUUCAAUUCAAACGGCCCGAUAUAAGACCGCCUUGUCACCCAACAUCAAUAAUAUGCUAUUUUAUUUAUUCCCCACCGUGCGUACUGCUGAUACCGUGUCUAAGGACUGCGUUUCAUUUUUUCGUUGUUGACUUUAAAUUUGCACUGCGUCAUUUUUGACACGAAUCUUGGCGUAUUUUCUUUUUCCCACUUUAUUUAUUUUGUGGUGAUCAACAAAGCGAAAUCAACGGAGCAUUUAUUACUUUUGGAAAUGAAAUAUCUUCUUUCUGAAAAAUCAUUUCUGAAUUAUUUUUGAAUCACUACGGUACGAAUUCCACCGUUUACUUUCCGUUUAUUUUGUUGUUUCCUUUUUAAAUCGGUAGCGGUAGUGUUUUUAGAUCUAGUCUGUUACCGAUGGGGUUACUGACCUUUUAUCUGGUAUUUUUUUUGACUCAUUUGCUACAUUCCCGUGUUUUUUCUUAUACCGAUGGUUGAUUACACGGCAUCGAUUACAAAACUGAAUAUUUCGGUAAA